CAUGUCUUUGCUGCCCUCAGCCCCGCCGCCACCGCCGCCGCCGCCUCCCCCGCCGCCGCAGCACCAGCACCAGCAGCAGCCGCCCCGCCGCCGCCGCCGCCGUCGCCGCCCGGACCCCGGCGCGCUGAAUGCAGACUAAUAGGGAUGCCAAAGGAAAAAUAUGAUCCUCCAGAUCCUCGCAGAAUUUAUACCAUCAUGUCAGCAGAGGAGGUAGCCAAUGGGAAAAAAUCUCACUGGGCAGAAUUAGAAAUCUCGGGUAGAGUGCGGAGCUUAAGUACGUCACUUUGGUCAUUGACACACUUGACAGCACUGCACCUAAAUGACAAUUACCUUAGUCGCAUUCCACCUGAUAUUGCCAAGCUUCAUAAUCUGGUUUACCUGGAUCUGUCAUCCAAUAAACUCAGAAGUUUACCAGCAGAACUAGGAAACAUGGUGUCUCUCAGGGAAUUGCUUUUAAAUAACAAUCUGUUACGGGUUUUGCCUUAUGAACUUGGUCGGCUCUUCCAGCUACAAACUCUAGGUUUGAAAGGCAAUCCUUUAUCACAGGAUAUUCUCAAUUUAUACCAGGACCCAGAUGGAACCCGAAAGCUACUGAACUUCAUGCUUGACAAUCUUGCAGUUCAUCCAGAGCAGCUUCCUCCGAGGCCAUGGAUUACAUUAAAAGAACGAGACCAAAUUCUGCCAUCAGCAUCAUUCACGGUUAUGUGUUACAAUGUGUUAUGUGAUAAAUACGCCACCCGGCAGCUAUAUGGCUAUUGCCCGUCCUGGGCAUUAAACUGGGAAUACAGGAAAAAGGGAAUUAUGGAAGAAAUUGUUAACUGUGAUGCAGAUAUCAUUAGUCUUCAGGAAGUGGAAACAGAGCAAUACUUCACUCUCUUUCUGCCAGCAUUGAAGGAGCGUGGAUAUGAUGGGUUUUUUUCUCCAAAGUCACGUGCCAAAAUCAUGUCUGAGCAGGAGAGAAAGCAUGUGGACGGUUGUGCAAUAUUCUUCAAAACAGAAAAAUUUACUUUGGUGCAGAAGCAUACAGUGGAAUUUAACCAAGUGGCAAUGGCUAAUUCAGAUGGAUCCGAAGCUAUGCUGAACAGAGUGAUGACAAAAGAUAAUAUUGGUGUCGCUGUGGUAUUAGAGGUCCACAAAGAACUAUUUGGAACAGGUAUGAAGCCUAUUCAUGCUGCAGACAAACAGCUGCUUAUAGUGGCAAAUGCCCACAUGCAUUGGGACCCAGAGUAUUCUGAUGUGAAACUUAUCCAGACCAUGAUGUUUGUCUCAGAGGUUAAAAACAUUCUGGAGAAAGCCUCUAGUAGGCCUGGCAGCCCAACUGCAGAUCCCAAUUCCAUCCCGCUGGUGCUAUGUGCAGAUCUUAACUCAUUGCCAGAUUCAGGUGUCGUGGAAUAUUUAAGCAAUGGAGGAGUAGCUGACAACCAUAAAGACUUCAAGGAACUAAGGUACAAUGAGUGUCUUAUGAACUUCAGCUGCAAUGGAAAGAAUGGAAGCUCAGAAGGGAGAAUCACACAUGGCUUCCAACUGAAGAGCGCCUAUGAAAAUAACUUGAUGCCUUACACCAAUUACACCUUUGAUUUCAAAGGCGUGAUUGACUACAUUUUCUAUUCCAAGACUCAUAUGAACGUGCUUGGUGUCCUGGGGCCUUUAGAUCCUCAAUGGCUGGUUGAGAACAACAUCACUGGGUGUCCACACCCUCACAUCCCUUCAGACCACUUCUCACUGUUAACACAACUUGAACUCCACCCUCCACUUCUGCCUCUUGUCAAUGGUGUUCACUUGCCUAAUCGGAGGUAGUGGAGUACUGCCCCGCAAAGACGGGGGGAUCUGUUGCUAUGGACCUGUACAGUUGUAAAUCAAAGUAUGUAGGAGUGAAGUAUGGCCAUCCUUAAGCUGCUUCUUCAGGUUCCUUUCAUUAUGUGUUUGCUCUAAGAUUUUGUACAUUUUUGUGCAUAUUGGUAUCAUUUGGCACUAGGGCUGGAACCAAAGUAUUACUUCCAAAUUUUUAAUUUAACAUGUUUUUAAAUUGGACCUUUUCAUAUUAUCUUAGAGUCAGCAUUUGUAAUUAAUAAAUCACCAAUUCAAGGCCCAACAAGUGUAUUUGUUUUUCCAAAACAAAUACUUUCUUUUGAAUGGUUUCAAAUCAACCAUUUUUGUAAAAGGCAAUUAAAAAGAACUAUAUAAAUACAUUUUAAACUGAAUGAUGGCAUGCCUUGCAGGAAAAAUUUCUUGGAUUUCUGUUUUCCAUUAUAACAAACUGGUUUUUGACUCCCCAAGUCUUUUGCACAUUAACAAAGCACUUAAAUUUGCUAGAUCUGUACAUAAACGAUGAUAUAGCCUUUAACCAUAAUAAGAAAAAUUGAGAAAUUAAAGGUGGUUGCACAAUAUGCUUUCAAAAUCAAGCAUUUAACAGUACAUGACAGUUGGGCAAGUGCUGGUUAUUUUUUUUGUUUUGUUUUGAAGAAUCACUCUGUAUUUUGUUCCUCUAUUAGUUGUAACCUUAUUAGAAGUAUUAAUUUUAAGCCUUUCUCUCCAGUUUAUUUAUUGGGGAACAGUGGGUAAUUUCUACUGCCACACAUCUUGAAAAUAGAAUUUUUUUACAUUUAGGAUGCCCACAAAAUUAGUGUCCAGUAUUUUUAAUUAUUCCCAUCCACCUUUUUCUGCCUGGUUGUGCUAAAGAAACAGAUACACGAUUUUUGCAGUUAUAGUCAAAUGUUAAAAAACAAAAAAAAACCAGAACAACUGCUGAAUGAAAAGACCCUGAUCAAAGUUUUAAAAGGGAAAAGUGAUACAAAUAUUACAUGUGUUUCCCAAAGUAGGGCAAGUGUCUGCUGGUUUUGGCUUUUUGAGGUGGAAAAGAUUUUGGAGGGAGAGAGAACAGGGAGUAGUUGAAAACCUCAGAUCAUUUUUCCUGACUCUAGUUGCCAAAUGGCCAUUAUAUGCUUUUAAUCUUUGUUUCUGUUGUCUGUCAGGGUUGAAUUAAGAAGCUACUGGUUUAUUCCCAACUGUUGAUGCUCUUUAGAAACUUUGGAAUCCUUUUUUUGCCCAGGAGGGGCCAGUUGAAAAUCUGUGACUCAAGAGGCAGUGAACGUAAUAACCGUUUUCUGGGGGAAAAAAUUGGUUGGCUACUUGAUGUUAAUUAUGGCACAGUAACAGGAAAAGGUUGUGUCUGUGUUUUUAAGUUUUUCUUUAUUCUGCUUUUUUGCUGCUAUAAGAGUUUUCUGAAAUUUAUAUUUUAAACUUUUCAUGCACUUUACUGUUUCUAGUCUCAAAAUGUGAUAUUUUUAAUAAACAAGAAAUUUUCCAUUAUGUGAAUGAAAUUUUAAAAGAAAAUAGCCUAUAUUUGUGUCUCACUAAUAUAUAAAGUACAGGUCAAAUUUAAAUUAUUUAAUUAGUUUUAAAUAUAUACAAUUUGUCUCCUCUUUCAAACCUGACAUCGUAGGCUGUUUUAUUAGUCUUAAAUGAUGCAUUUCCUUUGGUCAUUUAAUUUCUUCCAUAGUAAAUUAAUCAGGCUAUAUGAUAGUUCCCCUGGAGGGUAAUUUUAGUGGGACGAGGGUGGUGGGAUGAUGUAAUGUCGUAUAUGGGAUCGCAUCAGAAGGGUUCUGUAAAGCCUAAACUCCCUUUUAAAAGUGCCUAGUGAUAGAGGCGUUGUUUGUCAUCUUUUAUAAUUGGAAUGUAAUUGUAGUUGAGUGAAGUUUGAUGUAAAUAAAAUAUUCUUUUAAAAAUGGUAAAGUACCAGAAUAAACAAACA